CGUGACGUGACUGUGCCAUCAUCCUCCUCCUGCCAUCUGCCUGCCAUGUCGCCUGCCAACAGCCAUCGAGCGACCACGCUGUUGGCAGCCCUGAUUGCCUUCCGUAUCGGCAAUGCGCUCGUGCUGCGCACCUUUUUCCAGCCCGACGAGUAUUUCCAAUCGCUCGAGGUCGCAACCGACCUCGCCUUUGGUCCAAGCAGCAAUGCAUACAUUACAUGGGAGUGGAGGAACCACCUGCGGUCCUCGCUCCACCCAGCCAUAUUUGCUGCCGUCUACCAGGCGGCCGCCACCAUAGCUCAAGUCUGCCGUCUGACGCUGUCGAGUCGUGCCCAAGUGCUGCUCGCUGCCCCCAAGACGCUGCAGGCCUUGUUCGCUGCCUUGUUGGACUGGUACACAUGGAAAAUCGCUGAGAAGGCGUACGGCCGGGGCAGUCGUGCAGCAUACGCUACGCUCGCCCUAUCCAUCUGCUCCCCCUGGCAAUGGUUUUGCUCGACCCGGACCCUGUCCAAUUGUCUUGAAACCACCUUGACAGCCGUGGCCGUCUACCACUGGCCUUGGCACUGGCCGGAGAGCGGAGCAAAGGCGACGACCAGAGGCAACCCAGUCCAUCAGCUACGGCUGUCGCUCUUGUUGGCAGCUUUCGCAUGCGUUUUGCGCCCAACCAAUGGCCUCGUUUGGCUGUCGCUCUUCUUGACCACCGUCCUCCAGGCCUCGUCUGCACAGCAAUAUCUGCUCGUCCGCCAAAGUCUUUUUUGCGGCUUCACGGUCCUCGCUUGCUCCACCCUCUCGGACAGAUUGUAUUACGGGGUCUGGACUUUUCCACCGCUCCACUUCCUUUACUUCAACAUUGCACGAUCCCUUGCCGUCUUCUACGGAACAAGCCGCCCGGACUAUUAUUUGACAGAGGGUCUACCGCUGCUCCUCACCACAGCACUGCCCUUUGCUUUAACGGGUCUUUGGCACUCGUGUUCCGGGCGAUCCUCCACGGCACGGCGGGGGGCAGCGCCUCCGUCUCCCGCUUCCCGACUGCAUGGCCCUCCCGGCAUGCUGCCGCGUCUAGCGUGGACAUCCAUUGUCGUGAUCCUAUCCCUCAGCCUGAUAUCGCACAAGGAAGUCCGAUUCCUGUAUCCCGUCUUGCCAUUCUUCCAUGUCCUCGCUGGUGAACCGCUGGCAUCCUUCUUCCCCCCCCAGUCGCCCAAAUCUCGCAAGGCUCUCCUCUCCCUCCUCCUGGCCAUCAAUGUUUUCGUUGCCGGCUAUGUCUCACAGGUUCAUCAGCGUGGCGUGAUUGAUGUCGUCGACUUUCUCCGCCACAAGCAUGAAGCACGUAACCACUUCUCCACCAUCACUACUGACGCUAUCGUUGCCCCUCCCACUCAUGUAAAAGUAGUCAACACGACAGUCGGCUUCCUCAUGCCUUGCCACAGUACCCCCUGGCGCUCCCAUUUAGUCUACCCCUCCAUCAAUGCCUGGGCCCUGACAUGCGAACCGCCCAUCGAUGUCCCGCUGUCCGAGCGGGCCAGCUACCUCGAUGAAGCAGACCAGUUCUAUCUGGGUCUCCAGGGAACUGGCAAAGACGGCAGCGGGCCUGUAGCAUGGUUGGAUACACACAUGGAGCACCUCCAGACCAUCACAGAGAGCGGAAGCCGCUCGGGUAGUCACUGGGCGCGCAUACAUCCAAAGUACCGCGAGGCAAACCGCAGGGCGUGGCCACAGAAUCUUGUCUUCUUUGACCAGCUGCGCCCUGUCUUGAGUGACUAUCUCAAGGGCACCAUGUACAGGGAGUGUUGGAGGGGGUUCAACAGCCAUUUCCACGAUGAUUCAAGGAGGGUAGGGGAUGUGGUUGUUUGGUGUCUGGAUUAA